AUGAUCUUGGAAGCCGGCCCAGACGUGGGCGACAGCGUCAUGAACGCUCUUGCCGGAGAUUGGCUUCCAGUUGGGGCUACCGUGAGGGCUGUCAAGAAGAACGACCUUCCCAAGACCCUCCGAGAUUGUGGCGAUGAUCUAUGCAAGCUGGCAGCAACAUGCCCAUCAAUGGAGACCGUUGUAUCCUUCGUCAAAAGCGAGAAGGUCCAGUCGGAUGCCCUGUGCAAGCACAGUGCUUUCAUGAACACAUGCAUGGAGUUGCAAGCCAGCUUCAUGGCCAGUGUGUCCCAGGGCUUGACGAGUGCCCGCGAAUCCAUUCUUGCUCAUGUGAGCAGCUUCAGCGAGAAGUUCAAGAAUGUUUCCGAUGAGGCAUCGCAGUUGCAGAUGGACCACGAGAUCCUUGUGAGUGAGACGGACGACGACACGAGGCAUGACUUUGAGUGCUUGAAGGCCACGUUGUCAUCGCUGAAGGAAGUAACGGCUGCCUUGACCACUGUGAAGGAGGCCACCAGCUGUAAGGACAUGACAGAUAAGAUUGACAGCUUCCUCAGCGAAGCAACGACGGCUCGUGAACAAGCUUGCUCAGUUGGUUCAGUGGUCAUGAUCGCACGGUCUCUUGUGAAGCCUGAAGGUGUGGACUUGAGAAGCACCGUGACGUUUUGCGCCGAUUUCUUCGAGGUGAAGAAGGUGCCGCUUCCGGAAAAGAUCCAAGGCAAGGUGAAUGACAUCUUGAAGGAGCCGGCGAAGCCUGACAAGCGCAAGAGGGUUCAGGAGUCCCCGGCAAUCGCUGCGAGUUCAGCAGCAGCAAGUUCUUCGCGGAAGGACAAGCCGGACAAGCUUGCGACUGACGCGGAGGACAAGAAGAAGCACAAGGACAAAAAAGACAAGAAGGACAAGAAAGACAAAGGCGACAAGGACAAAAAGGACAAGAAAGAUAAGAAAGACAAGACUGCCGCCAAGAAAGAGAAGCAGAAGAAAGGAUGA